GCUGCUUUGCUAGGCGCGUGGGCGGCGGUGAAAAAUCCCGGGCAUUCGUUUCAGAGGCUGCAGGGCGACGGAGGUUCGCGGCCACCGGGCGCCUUCGCGGGUCCAGCCGGCCUCUCCGAGCAUCUCUCCCGGGGAGAAAUUUUGCAGAACAUUCCGAGACCUUCUUGCCAACCUUCAUUCUUCACCCAGUGCUGCGGAACCAAGUUAUGUCCACUGCUGCUUUAAUAAGCUUGGCCAGAAAUGGAGGGCACCAGGUGAGGAGAGCGCUGCUGACGUCCCGGCUCUUGCAAGACGACAGCCGACUGACAGCUGUAUGCCAGAGCUCCACUACUGACCGCAGGGCGUCCCGCUUUAAUUCCGAUGGUAGCGGGCGCCCUGCCACCUGGGACACAUUUGGUAUUUGGGAUAACCGCAUCGAUGAGCCCAUCCUCCUCCCACAGAGCAUCAAAUAUGGGAAACCAAUCCCCAAGGUCAGCCUAUCGAAUGUGGGCUGUUCCAGCCAUAUUGGGAAACGUAAAGAAAACGAAGACCGCUUUGAUUAUGCCCAACUGACUGAUGAUGUAUUAGGUCUAUAUUUUGCUGUUUAUGAUGGGCAUGGAGGGGUGGCAGUAGCGGACUUCUGCAGCAAGUAUAUGCAAAAGUAUAUCAAGGAAUUCCUCGCUGAGGAGAAGAACAUGGAAGUAGUGUUGUUCAAGGCGUUUGUAGAAAUAGACAAAGCGUAUGAGAGGCAUGCUAUUUUAUCUGCUGAUGCUACCUUGCAGAAUGCCGGGUACGCACCUAUUUAGUGGACUUUAUUACUGGUCGACAGUGCUGGAGACAGCCGUGUCCCUCUUCUGUGUCGCAAGGGGAAAGCUCUGAAGCUGACCAUUGAUCACACUCCUGAAAGGAAGGAUGAAAAACAAAGAAUCAAGAAAGCUGGUGGUUUUGUGGCUUGGAACAGCUUAGGACAACCUCAUGUGAAUGGCAGACUCGCAAUGACACGGAGCAUUGGUGACUUGGACCUUAAGAAAUGUGGUGUGAUAGCAGAGCCAGAAACAAAAAGGAUUCAGCUGCACCAUGCAAGCGACAGCUUCUUGGUUCUCACCACAGACGGCAUCAACUUCAUGGUGAACAGCCAGGAGAUCUGCGACUUUGUCAACCAGUGUCACGAUCCCGCCGAAGCAGCUCAUGUUGUUACAGAGCAGGCCAUACAAUAUGGGACGGAAGAUAACAGCACCGCAAUCGUUGUGCCCUUUGGAGCCUGGGGCAAAUACAAAAACUCAGAGAUCAGCUUCUCGUUCAGCCGGAGCUUUGCCUCAAGUGGGAGAUGGGCAUGAGGGCCCUCCAAAGCCAGGUGUUGAAAACGUUGAGAGGCAGAAGGCAUCCAAGAAGAGAGCUGACCAGUAGAUAAGUCAACAUAACUGACUCGUCCAUCUUUCUUCCAUACCUGGCGCUUCCUGUCUGGGUAUCACACUGUUGUCAUGGUGUUGCCUUUGAAACGAUAAGCCAUUAGCUGCUUAUUUUUGUCCAGCCACUUCCCGUUCCUCCAUCGUCAAGGGGUGGAGAAAGAUCCUGGUUCUGUGGUUGACGUCCAUUGGUUUUGUACCAGGUGCUUCGUUUAAUAUGCCUUGGGACAGUUAGAGGCUGAGAGGCACUCACAACCAAGCUCUCUCCAUUUGUAUAACAUCUCAAGAAAUGGCGGAAGGACGGCAUUUGUCUUCCUCCACUAUCCCAGAAUCGGCCUGCUUAAGGAGGUCCGAGAAAGCCAGUAAGUGGGAGUCCCAAGCAGUUGCACCGAUGAGUGCGUAUUGUUUUGUGUGGCCUAUAGGAUCCAAGCUAAACCAGUUUUAAGGCCAGAUGUGAAGUUAGUCUGACUACCAGAAGUUUCCUCAUGACAAUGGGCCUGUACAAAUGUACAAAUGGAGUGGCAGUUGUUCAGCUGUGUGGCCACUAGUCUUGGGUCCCUCUCUUCCAAAAUGGAGUGUUUCACUCUCAGCUUGACACACACACGUCUGUUUUUUUGUUCGUAGGGACUUUGGCCAGUAUAAAGUUCAAGGGACCCAUUGUGACUCUAAAGAAAGCUGUGGACAUGGCAUUAACAAGGGGCAACAUGGACUAUACCUUUAAAAGAGUGAAAACUACAUACAUUUUUAUUGUUUUGCAUUUUUCUUUAGAACCUGAUACUAAAAAAUCCCCUUUGCUCAAAGAAAGAAAACUCUGAGCAAAACUGAUAAAAUAACACUUAAAUUCCUUUUUAAAUGGCUAUUCCCUCAGCCUCCUUCCAAGUCUGUGAACAGCUCCUUCCAAAUGAACAGAAUUAACAAGUAUGGGGAUCUUGUCUGGAGUACUUAGACAUUUAAGCUCCAGGUUUUUUAAUAAAGGGAUGUUUUCCAACUAGGCAAGUAAAUGAGUAUAUAUCCUGUUAAGUACUCCCUAUCAACUGCUACUGGAAGAGAAGAAUGAACAUAUUUAAAGUUGCUGCCAACUUUUACUUUAACAAGAUGGGGGAAAGGUAUCAUUGGCUGUUCGCUUUGGUGAAGAAGCAAAGUAAAUACCAGGAAACACAUCAACCGCCCCCAGAGCAUUCACAGAUGCCACAUCUGGGAUCACCGCUAUAGGUUGUAGAGGUAAUGGUUUCUGCAUCAGUUUAUGAGAUGUCCACUCUUCAGUUUUAACACAAGUACCUUGGGGACUUUGCCAGCAUCAAAACUUUAAAAAUGCACAGACAGAGUAACUCCACUAAAAUUAUUUUUUGCCCGAAGCUACAGUGCUGAGCCAUUUAGUGAACCGCUGAUCACAAUGUGAACUGUGAGACAGCUGCUGUUGAGCUGUACUGCGUUCAAGUCACGCGCUUUGUGUCAGUCAGGCGAGACUGAGAAAAAGCAAGUGCUUUGCAAACACAGUGCCCUCGUAUUGUCCCGUUACUUAAUAUAUUUUAUGUUUGUAUAAUAUUUGUAAACAUGCCAUGCUGUCAUAAAUAGGUCAUUAUAGAAGUGUAUGCUGGUUUAUUGGAUGACCGUCAUUGUCAUCACAUUUUCUGCCUGGACUCCUGUUUUUUCAAGGGUUUGAAGCUUCUGCAUAGUAGUGCUGCUAGCAAGCCAAACACAAUCCAGUAGCUGUGGAUGGCAGCCCAUAGGAUGGUUGAUAAAACCUCAUGGCCUUUGUGUGGGGAUAUGAAAGUGGAAUCUCUGGUGUUCUGUGCCUUAGAAAAAGCAGGUAAUGCUGUAAAGAGGAUCCCAGGUCUUAUCCUGGCUACUGUUGGAACAGAAAGGAGAGAGUGAAUAACAGGAAUAAAUGGAACCUGGAGCCACACACUGCUGUUGCUAAAUAUUCCAGAGGUUUGAAUCGAACCAGUUUGUUGGUUGGUGAAAAGGGGAGGAAAGAGUCCCUGUUGGCUGCCAAAACCUCUUUGUCUGUUUGGAUAAAAGCCAUGUGGGAGGAGAUCUGUAAUAAGGAGUGGAACUGGUCAAAAUGAAGUGAAAAAGCUGGCUGGAUCCUAUCCUGGGUCUCUUUCUUCCUUGUAAUGUGCAAUGCUAAUGAGGUUAGUUGUGUAGCAUCUUGUUUUAGUUCAUCCAGUUCAAUGGUUUCUAUUAUCUGAAGCCAUUUUUCUGACACUUAACCCUUUCAGACAUUGUCCCUCUCUUUACCCCUUGUGGAUGCAACCUUAAUGUUUUGCAGUUGUGAGUUGCUGGUGUUAUAGUCUUUCAAGUUCCUGCUCACUUUUGUAUAGAACCUAUUCAUGCUAGUUUGCACUAUAAACUUCCCUGGAAAUGGAACUUUUGGUGGUAGUGAAUGCCUGGUGCGCAUCAGCAAUAAGGCACAGUUCUGCACCAUCUGCCGCUGCACACACGUAUAUUUUAAACUAUUGGUAGAUAACACCUUUUCUAAUCAGUUUAACCAAAAAAACCCCAAAACCAAAUACCCUUUUCCACUUCUAAAAUGUGUGCUUCAGUAAACUAAAAAGUAGUGUUGGAGUCUCUAACCCACAGGUGUCAAACUCACGGCCCUCCAGAUGUUCAUGAACUACAAUUCCCAUCAGCCCUUGCCAAUGCUCC